CACCGAUCAGAGCUGUCACGCUGACAGAGGAGAGGCGGUUUUCGGCAUCCCUCAGAGGGGACAUGUACACUGAUCAUCAGGGCACUGAUGAUCAGUGUGCCCUGAUGAUCUGUGUAGCCCCAGCAGUGCCACCUGUCAGAGUCCAUCAGUGCCAGCUAUCAGUGCUCAUCCAUGCCACCUGCCAGUGCCCAUCAGUGCCACAUCAAUGCCAUAUUUCAGUGCCUACCAGUGCACAUCAAUGCCACAUAUCAGUGCCCAUCUGAGCUGCCUUUCAUUGUCACCCAUCAGUGCCAGUCAGUGCCACCUAUCAAUGCCAGUCAGUGCCACCUAUCAGUGCUGCCAAUCAGUGCCACCUAUCAGUGCCAGUCAGUGCCGCCUAUC